UGGAGGGUUUAUGAGUGGCACGAUUCUUAGCGAGAUGACUGUAAUCUGUCAUCUUUGGCACACUCACGGAUUUCGGUUGGAAUGUGAAGUCAGUUGAAAAGCAUGUGAAAGAAGCGUUGAGAAUAUUGUCCAUUUCUAGUGCGGUUUCACGACACAUGAUUACUUAGCACGUCAAGAUCAAACCAAAGAAACUUCCCACGCGUGACAUAUCUAUUUGCGAACUUGCUCAGCGGUCACUUGGAGCUGCAGCACUUGACUGAUAUUCGCCCUUCUUUCUCUCAAGUUCACAAUACUUCCCCUUUCCUCUGUUCAACCAUUUGUCAGGCCUGUUUACUGCUUGCUGUUUUGAAGCCAAUCUGCUGUUAGUAGGUCGCCAUGUUCUAUGCAAAUCUUUGCGGAAACUUUGUUCCUCUGCAGGGGCCAUUUCAGUAAUUCCAAACGUGCGUUCUCGGUUUCAACACGAGAGCGCCACAAGUUUUUUGCUUCAGAAAAGGUUCCUUCUUUUGGGGUUUAACGUUUGGUUUCAACAUGACAUUUCGACACCUUUCUUCCACUGUCCGCUGCGCGUCUUGACGCCGCGUUGUCCAUAGGUCGAUGAGCGCACCCUGGGAUCGGCUGGCCACCGGUGACGAGGGCGGGGUCACAUCCCUGGAGUCUGGACUGAACCGCAUUCUCAUACUUUGUAUUUCAUUCUAUGGCGCCGCGGUCACUGGAAUAACAUGAUCACUUUUUCUGCACGGCAACUAUGCGGAGACCCAAGCGCGAGGAUCGCGAUACUAUUUCCAACAAACAUGUGUUACUUGUAUCUCAAGGAGUGAGACGAUGGGACAUGAGUCUCUGGACAAUUAAUUGAAUGCAAACAGGCUGAAAGAUUGGUGCGAUCAUGCAGACAGUCAAGUGCGUGGUGGUGGGCGAUGGCGCCGUGGGGAAGACCUGCCUCCUCAUCUCCUACACCACUGGAGCCUUUCCCAAAGAGUACAUCCCCACCGUUUUUGACAACUACAGCAGCCAGGUGACAGUGGAUGGCAGGAUCAUCAGCCUAAACCUGUGGGACACGGCGGGCCAGGAGGAGUACGACCGCCUGAGGACGUUGUCUUACCCGCAGACCAACGUCUUCAUCAUUUGCUUCUCCAUCUCAAGCCCAGCCUCCUAUGAGAAUGUCAAACACAAAUGGCACCCCGAGGUGUCACACCACUGUCCUGGCGUGCCCGUCCUCCUGGUGGGCACCAAGAGCGACCUCCGAAACGACACCGACACCCAGAGGAAGCUGAAGGAGCAGGAUCAGGCGCCAGUCACUCAUCACCAGGGUGUCACGCUGGCUCGCCAGAUCCAAGCCGUGCGCUACCUGGAGUGCUCCGCCCUCAACCAGGACGGCAUCAAGGAUGUGUUCGCUGAGGCCGUCAGGGCCUUCCUCAACCCAGAGCCUGCCGUCACCAAGAAGCUUUGUGCGCUGCUCUGAGAACAAAACCAAGAAAAAAAAACAGGGCUCAGUCGAGCUUGAGAGUUGAUUUGAUCUUUUAAAAAUUGGAUUUCUUUUUUUUUUUUUUUUAAAAGGGGGAUCUUACUCACCUCCAGUGAUGGGAUCAGAACUGUCUAAAAGCGGCUUUUUGAUUCUAAGUUCCAGGUGGGGAGGUUGAAAAGAAGUUUACAACAGUAAAGCCCCCAUUGAAAAAAAUGGCGAGA